UACAGCUCCCGGGACCGGCACCAGACCCCAGCGACAGUCCCUUCCAGGAUGCAGUGGGCAGUGGACGAGCGACGCGUCACGCUGCCCGGCCACUACGUCCUGCAAUGGUGGAAGAGCUACCUGCUGUCCGCCAGCGCCUGGUCCAUGUAAGGGCCUUGUGGGUAGCAGCAGAGGGGCGAGCGGCGGCAGUGGCGACGGCGACGGCGGCGGAAUAUGCACAAGCUAACUAAGGGCCUCAAGAAGACCAAGAAGAAGAAGAAGGGCAAGAAGAAGGGCCGCGAGGAGGAACUCUUCGACGCCGCCGAGCUCGAGGAGUACCGCCGAACCCACCAGCAGCAGCAGCAGCAGGAGGACGGCGCUCGGGAUCAGGAGGACCAGGGCGCCGAAGCGGACGAGUGGCGCCAGUUCAAGGCGCUGACCGCCGGCGUCGACACCGUCCUCCGCAAGACCCAGGACGAUCUCGACCGCAUCCGCUCCACCAGCUACUUCCAGCGCAAGAAGCCCGAGUCCGAGGCCAAGGAGAAGGACAAGGGCGAGGACGAACGGCCGUCCAAGAAGCCUGAGGCCGGCGCCAAGAAGUGGGUCGGCUUCGAGGAAGGUGCAGGUGGCCCCGACCCAGAAGAAGCCAGUGCUGAGCCCACAGCAGCUCCCGCUGCCACUGGUGAAGCCUCAGGCGCAGCUUCCACCGCCCCAAAGGACCUCCUAACAGCGCCCGACACAGGGGACCUUCUCGAGGAGUCGGCCGCCGAGGAAUCUUCUGAAGAGGAGGAAGAGGAAGAGGACGACGAUGGGCUGUUCGACACGUCCUACGUGGACGCUGUCACCAGCGGAGAGGUGAAGCUCGCCUACAUCCCAGACAGCCCGGAGCUAGAGGUAUCCGGAGGCGCCGACGACCCGUUUGACACUUCCUACGUGGAGAGCAUCGCAAAGCAGGCCGAGGAGGAUCUCAAAAAGAGGCCGGCGGUCGUGCUCGACUCGGCGGUGGUGAAGGUCCUCGCGGGCAGAGCUCCGCCAGCCAGCAGCGCCCUCAAGCGGCCCUCGCCCUCCCCCAAGCGCCAGCCGCGCGCCGCAGACGUCGACCUCCUGCUCGCCAGCUUCGACGAGAACGGGAACGCCCCCGCCGCCGCCUCAGAGGGUGCCCCAGUCGAGCCCGCCCCCAAGUCGCUGCUCGACGCCCUAGACGACGCCCCCGCGCCCCCCGCAGCGCCCGCGCCGCAGACGCAGCCGUCACCGUCGCCACACCCCCUGCUGGUCGACGCCCUCGGGGCGUCCGCUUCCCCCAGUCCCCUGCCGACCACCGCGCCAGAGCACGACCACGACAAGGCAGCAGCAGGCGACCACCAACCCGGAAGUGACCUGCGCGACCUGGUCGCCGAGUUCGACCUCAUCUCAGCACCCGACUCCACAGGGGUCCUUACCACACCAGCCGCUCUUUCUGAGCCCAGCGUCAAAGUACAGGUUGUAGAUUUCCCCGACGGCCAGGAAGAGGAGGAGGAGGACCUCGACGACGAGUUCGCCGCCCUCGCCAAAGAGUCGGUCUCGCGGAAGGCGUCCUACCAGCCGCCGGCGGACGGCGCCGACCACGACCAGCAGCUAGACCUCGAUCUCGGCCCCGGCCUCGGGCGCGACCCCUUCGACACCAGCGUCGCUGCGGCGGUGCUCGGCGAGCAGACCGCGCACGACUCGUUCGACAGCGAGGUCGCCGGGCUCACGGACCAGCCGCCCGCGCUCCCCCAGUCGCAAACCCAGGGCCGCAAGCCGCGCGCCUUCCCCAUCUCGCCGGACGUCGACAUCGUCCUCGCCAGCGACAGCCCCAGCUCCUGGGCCGCCUUCGACGACGACGCCGAAGAACCCACCACCAAAGAGAGCAAGCCGGCUAGACCGCCACCCCCGUCUGCCGCCCCUGCACGCGGCCAGCAGGAGACUUUCCACGAGAGCGAGCUCCGAGCGCUCGCUGAGGAUCUGGUGGCUCCUGACCCGUUCGACACAUCGUUCGCCGAGGGAAUCCUGCCCGGCAGCUCAGACCUCCGCGUGCUCGAGGAGCAGCUGCUGCAGGGCAACCAGGACACCUCGGUGCUCUCCAGCGUCAGCAUACACGUCACAGACCCGGCGGGCGAGCAGCUCAACCACUCACCGGGCGAGGAGGAGCUGAACUCCCUGACCCCCAGUCACCGGGACCUGCUGGGUGGCAGCACCACAGACCUCUCGAAGCUCGGGCACGACCCCAUCGAGCCGGCGGCCGGCGCCGCAGACGAGGCGGAGGAAGCCAGCUGCUUCGCGGAGGACCCGUUCGACACCUCCGUGGUAGAGCGCGUCGCAGCACCGGGCAAGGCGGAGCUGCGCUACCUGGAGGAGGAGCUGCUGGGAGGCGUCACCGCCGCCCCCGAGCGCCGCCUCAGCGACCCCGACUUCGACCCCAGGGCAGCCGAGGACGAAGCGCAGCAGCAAGCCACUGCCGUAGUCAAAGAGGUGGUGGUAGAAGCGGAGGCCGCAGUCCAGAAGCGGCCGGACCUGCUGGGAGCGGCCACCAAGGUCGUCUCGUUCGACUUGCCCACGCCCUCUGAGCGGCCGGACCUCCUGGCCGUCGAGGAAGACAAGGCGCCCAUCGCCAAGCCGCUCACGCCCUACUACCCGGAGCCCAAGACCAUCCUAGACGACAUCGCGAGAAUCGCAGACCCGUUCGACACAUCGUUCGCAGAGAACAUCGCGCCCGGCCGAGCGGAGCUGCGCCUGUUGGAGAACGAAUUGCUGGAAGAGGGACAACAAGCACCACAACAGCAGACUCUGCGGCACAGCCUCUCAGAUCCGGACUUCGACCCCAGGGGUGAGGAGAAGGCAGAGGCGGGCCAGCAGCAGCCAGGAGGAGAGCAGAGCAGUCCAGAGGCGGUGACCGCCGCGGCAGGAGCAGCUGGAAGGCGCCGCUCUGAGCUGGUAACUCCAGCACCACCUCCAGCGGACUCUGCCCUCCGCAGACGCUUCUCUGACGUCACAGGAGACCGCGGCCCCAGGGCCAGGGCUCUCCAGCCACCCGACAGCCUUCCCUUGGCUCUUUCUCCCAUACAGGGAUCGCGGCCAGACCUCUUGCUCGUCGAGGAAGAGGACGCAGCAGCAACAGCCAAGCCACUGACGCCAAUUUCCAGAGGGGGACAACCAGCACUUCCAGUGUCAGACGAUCCGUUCGACACUUCAGCAGUCGCUGGCAACUUGCUGCCAGGGAAGGCCGAGCUCAAGGUGCUCGAGAGCGAGCUCAUCGGCGGGCCUCUGAAGCGCAGCUACACCGACCCCGACUUCGACCCCAGGGCCAGUGAUCCCACGGAGGACGCGGACCGGUCCGAGCAACCCCAGGAGGCUCGCCCAGACCAGCGACCCGCCACACCCGACAGGCCCGACCUUCUGAACCUGCCAUCUGCCGAGUCCCAGCUGGCCCACAAGCCGCUCACGCCGACAGACUCGCUCCCAGAAUCCGCCGCGCCGCCCGUCGACGGCUGCGACGUCGACGACCCAUUCGACACCUCAAUAGUCGACGGUCUGGUGGCCCCGGGCCGCGCCGAGCUCAGAGCGCUGGAAUCUGAACUCAUCGGCACUGUACAACAACGUUUUCUAAUACAACUGGUCAUCAAAGCACAUGCCAAUCUCGUCAUCAGGGCUCAUCUUGGUCUAGCAGACUCACCAGUUCCUCCUAGUAAUACCACAGUUCCUCUUUGCUAUACAUUGGACCCAAUAGCACAAGAGUCACCAGCCAUGGAUUUCGAGACGGCCAGCAAGGGCGGCAACCCGUUCCUGAUGGACGACUUCCCGACGGCGUCAUCCGCGAGCGACCCCCUGGGCAGCGGCGGCAUCUUCGGCACGACCACAACCGCGCCCACCAGCACGUCGUCCAACCCGUUCCUCAGCGACUUCGACUUCUCGGCGGCGGGGUCUGAGGCGGCGCCGCCGACCACGGCUGCUGCCGGCCCCGCAGGGGACAACCCGUUCCUCAGCGGCGACACCGCCGUCUCGUCGCCCUUCCUGCUGGACGACGCGCCCAGCGGGGGCAGUGGCGCCAUAUCCUCCACCAACCCCUUCGCACAGUUCAGCUCAGCUGCCACUGGAGGAGGUGACAUCAACCACCUGGACUUCUUCUCGUCGGUGGCGGUGACGACAGCGCCGUCCUCCGCGUCGGCGGGGGCGGACUCGUUCGGCUCUGGCGCCGGCAGCGACUACAGCAGCCUGUUCGCGGCCGCGGAGCACGCCUCCGCGGUCACUACGUCCGCCGCCAGCGCCCUCGACUUCUUCGGGGGCAGCGCGGAGCCGGCGCCCGUCGCGCAGCCGCAGCAGUACCAGCCGCCUCCCAGGCCGGCGCCGCCUCCGGUCGCCGCCCUCCACCAGCCUCCAGCGGCGGACCUCCUUGCGGACGAUGCGGGCGACUUCUGCAAGGAGACGUCCGACAUCUUCGCGAACGCAGACGUGGACGGCGCCAGCUGCCCGCCCGCGCCCUCCUCGCGGACGAGCACGCCCGGCGGCGGCAGGGCUCCCAGGCGGCCCCCGCCCCCGCGGCCGCAGCCGCCCAAGGAGACCAAGGACCUGAUCCUCAGCGUGACCGGCGCCAUGGAGGCCACGUCCUCGCACCUGCUGGACAGGCUGAAGGCGACGCGCACGCCCAGCCCGACGCCGAUGCGCGAUCUGCACUCUCCCAGCCCCACGCCCGACAUGAUGCUACCCCAGCACCAGCUGCAGCCGCAGCCCCAGACCCUCCAGCCCCAGUCGCAGCUCGCGGGGGACCUGCUGCUCGGCGUCGACGACGACGACCUCGACCUUUCGGGACCCGCCCCCGCACCACCGCCUACGCCGCAGCCGGCUCCGCCCCCAACGCAGGCGGCCGCCGGCCCGCCGCAGAGGCCUCCACGACCCGAGAAGCCGCCGCCCCCGGCCGUGGUGCAGCAGCAGCAGCAACAGCAACAGCAACAGCAAGACUUCAUGGACAUCUUCGGCACUGCUGACGAGCAGCCUCCAACAAGUGUAUCCCUGGCGCAGACGAACCAGGCGCCAGCGCGGCCCAGCACUUCGGACAUCCUGGGUCUGUUCGACGCGGCCCCCGCCACCACUGCCGCCAACGUCGACGUGAUGAUGCAGCAGCAGCAGCCACCCAGGCAGCCUUCUGGGGGCGCAUCUCCCGUAGCAGCAGACCUACUGCUGGGCGACGCCUUUGGGGAGCCGAUGACGUCAGCCCAAGAACUUCAGCAGCAGCAGGACACGUCUGCCGUGAUGGACUUCACAGGCGUCUCCGCGGGGCCCGCGGCUGCAGAGAGCGACCACCCAGUGGCGGAUUUCGACUUCCUUGGAGGACCGGCUCCAGGGAAGCUGUCCCCCGAGCCCCCGGCGGCGGCACCGGCUGCUGUUGGGGGCGGCGACCAGUGGGGCGGGGGCGGCGAAGACAUGCUGGGGGCUGCGGUGGCGGACCGCCAACCUUCGGCACCGCAGCAGCCGCAGGCCUACAACCCGGGCUCGCCCUUCGCCGCAGACACGGCGGCGGCAGCGACAGCAGCCACGGACGACUUCGACGCCUUCACAGCCAAGUUCGAGAGCGCCGGCGCCGGCGCCGCCCAACAGCCGGACAGCGUGCUGGUGCAGGUGGGCGGCGGGGGCGGCGCCGCUGCGGAGGACCCAUUCGACCCCUUCGGAGGUGGUGGCGGCGGCGGGAUGGGGGUCACUGCAAUGGACACCAGUGCUGAUGACGUGUGGGGUGACAGCGGGAGCGGCGGAGGUGGCGCCAGUGCCGGCGGCGACGCCUCGGGGGCGGGCUUUGGCGCCGAGGACAGCUUCGACGCGUUCCUCUCGCUCAGUGAGCCGCCACCCCCUCCCCAGGGCACGCCGGCGCGCUUCAACAGGACCGGCUCGGCUGACAGCGACGAGGCCCCAGACUUCUCCAUCUUCAUCAGGCCUAAGGGUGCCGAGUCAAACGAAGUGGCUCCGCAGCUGGCACCGCCCCCAAAGAGCCCGCUGCCUGCCCCUUCGGCGGCAGAACCGUCGCGCUUCAACCCGUUCGACAAGAGCAGCGAGGACGCUGGCGUCGCCGUCGCCGCCACCGCCGUCGCCGCACCUGGUGGGGAGCCUGCCCUGCCGCAAGGGGCAGAGGUGCCGGACGGGAUGCUGCAGCGGACGGACUCGCAAGAGACGCCGCCGACGCCUCUAUUCGACGAGGACGUGUCGCAGCCGCUGGAGCCCUUCCCCAGGACCACCUACCAGGGCGACGGCUGGGAGAUGCACCUCCGUCAGCCCAACAAGAAGAAGAUCACCGGCCAGAGGUUCUGGAAGAAAGUGUUCGUGCGGCUGGUGUACCAGGGCGACAGCCCGGUGCUGCAGCUGUUCAACACAAAGGACGACAAGGAUCCAUUCCAGGAGCUGCCGCUGCAGCCCUGCUACUCCGUCUCCGACGUGGGGGCGCAGCAGUUCGACCAGUACGGCAAGAUCUUCACGGUGAAGCUGCAGUACGUGUUCUACAAGGAGCGGCCGGGCGUUCGGCCGGGCCAGGUGACCAAGGCGGAGCGGCUGACGACGCGCAUCAGCCAGUUCGCCCACCACGCCAUCCAGGGCGACUACCAGGGCUGCAAGGAGUUCGGCAGCGACCUGCGCAAGCUGGGCCUCCCCGUCGAGCACGCGCCGCAGAUAUCGCAACUGUUCAAGAUCGGCUGCCAGAACUACGAGGACAUCAAGCAGUUCGGCGUGUGCGUGGAGGAGGCUCUGUUCCGGCUGUCGGCGCACCGCGACCGCGCGCUCAACUACAAGACGGAGGAGGUGCAGAUCACCGCCGUCGACGAACUCUACGUCGAGCAGGACGCCCACGGACACAUCGACAAGCAGAUCGCCCGCGUGCGCCUCUUCUUCCUCGGCUUCCUCGCCGGCAUGCCAGAUGUGGAGCUGGGAGUGAAUGAUCUCUGGCGGCAGGGAAAGGAAGUGGUGGGUCGGCACGACAUCAUCCCCGUCAUCACAGAGGAGUGGAUCCGCCUGGAGGGUGUAGAGUUCCACAGCUGCGUCCAGCAGGACGAGUACGAGAAGUCGCGCAUCAUCAAGUUUAAACCUCCUGACGCAUGUUACAUCGAGCUGAUGAGGUUCCGGGUGCGACCUCCACGAAACAGGGAACUGCCUCUACAAGUCAAGGCCGUCAUAUGUGUCACUGGAAACAAGGUUGAGAUAAAGUCAGAGAUUCUGGUUCCUGGCUUCUCAAGCCGUAAAUUGGGCCAGAUUCCAUGUGAAGACAUCAUGGUGCGCUUCCCCAUCCCAGAGUGCUGGAUCUACCUGUUCCGUGUUGAGAAGCACUUCCGGUAUGGUUCUGUCAAGUCGGCCCACAGGAGGACGGGCAAGGUGAAAGGCAUCGAGCGAAUCUUGGGAGCCAUGGAGACACUGGAACCAUCACUGAUAGAGGUGACAUCGGGACAAGCCAAAUAUGAGCACCAGCACCGCUCCAUUGUGUGGAGGAUGGCGCGCCUGCCCAAGGAGGGUCAGGGUGCAUACACGACACACUCGUUCGUGUGCCGUUUGGGUCUGACAUCAUACGACCAGAUCCCGGAGCAGCUGGCCGAGUACUGCUACGUGGAGUUCACCAUGCCUGCGACGCAGGUGUCCCACACAACGGUGCGGUCCGUGUCUCUCUGCAACGGCGCCAAGGAUGAUCCCCCGGAGAAGUACGUGCGCUACCUCGCCCGACACGAAUACAGGGUGGGUAUCGAGCACACACAGGGUGAAGGCCCAGGGGCAUAUGUGGCAGCCACCAUCACGACUACCAAGCCUCCACCAGCAGAGCUGGAGACACUCGAAGAAAAGGAAGCUGCACCAGCUGCCGACUCGGAUUCAGACUCAUCUAGUUAACCUCGUGAUCAAAUGAUGCAGUAAGGUAAGUGCUCACAGUUCACUUGAGGAUUAUACCGGACUGGUUGGUGCUUUGAGUCACAUCACUCACUAUACGGACAAUACAAACAGUUAUAUACAUGUAAGUUUAUGUGUUGCUGAUGAGAGGAAAACAUUGUUGUAUUUAAUAAUGUAGAGAUAGACAACAGUAUCAUUAAUGAUGUAAAUUAAUGUCGGUGUUUAUAUGGAUUAGAUGUUUAUUUUUGUUGACUUUGUCAGAGGAUUAUUUUUAUUUCAUGAUAUUUAUUCAGUUAUUCAACAGCACCUCACUGAAGCCACUGACUAUAAAUCUAGAAGAGCCAGAGUGGGGGAGAUGUUUGCAUAACUUUAGACUCAGCUAAUAAUGUUUCCACAUAUGAGAGCUGCGUCACUUGUUAAUGUGAUGUUUAACAAUUACUCCAUGCAUAAUUUGUACAGGACAAUAUAAAUAGCUGUAUGUUUUUGAUGUUAAAUGGUACAUGCAUGUAAUGUAUUGAACAUAUUUAAAUUUUAAAGUCCUUCAGACUGUAACAUAUGUAAUAAACUUGUGAUUUAUUUCUGAAUGAUGGUUCCCAUCAUUUACCUGAGGCACAACAAUGCAAGAGGCAAAUAUAUUAGUAGCAAUGUACAGUCACAUGAACCAGACAUCCUAGGAUAGACUGUUUUCACGUGACUGCAAACAUUAAUAGAAUACUUUAAGAUAAGUUGAAGUUUAUUUCUUAGAGUUGCAAAGGGGCACAGAAGAGAAAUCUCGUGCCAGUGUAUGUAGUAAUACUUAUACAUAAUCGUGUAAUUAUGCAUGUACAUGUAUUGAUUGUUAUUGAUGUCUUUUCUUUCUAUGCUUUACCAUGACUAAGUGCUCAAAUAAUCUGAUCUCAAUGUGAGAUAUGACAUUGUACAAUAUUCCCUUUCAGUUUGUGUGCAUGAGAGUUGUUUAAUGUGGAAAAGUUGAAAUUACUUGUUACUAAAUAUUGAACGGUUACCAGAUUUCAAAGUUUAAUGUUAGCCUAUCCUUCUCUAACACACGCUUUACUAAAUGUAUAGUAUAAGGCACAGCUCUCUCCUCUAAAACAUACAAAAUACAAAACAAAGAAAUUACACGUGUCUAUCUCAUAAUUGUUAUGUUGAUUCAACUCAGGGUAAAUUUUUUUCUUCACCAUUACAGGUCUCAAAUCAAGCUGCAACACUUCAAAAUAUUUUCCAAGGUUAAGGCAACUAUCAAAAAAAGUAAAUUAAAAAGAAAUGUUGUAAUAAGUGCAACUUAUGUCAUAAAAUUCAAUCUAAACCUGUAAUGUGUUCAUUAAUUGCAUUAACUAUAAAUGUGUGGUUUCUGAUGACUAAUUUAAACAUUGGAUCAUUUCACAGCAGUUUAUUAUUUUAAAAAUUUACUUUAAGGUCAGUUCUUUAAAAUCAUAUUUCAAGGAUGUGCAUAAAAAGAUUCAUCUCCACUGCAACCAUCCCUGGAAUCAUCUGAUUUCUGACAAUAAAUUAUGAAAUAAUAAUGCUGUAACAUUUAAAAAGAUAUUUGUGGACAUUUAAUGCAUGGUUUUAAAAUGACUUCAUUUUCAGGACAACUUCAAUUAGUUUAAAGAAAAGAUUUUUCUGUAUAUGGUGUAUACACUUUCUAAAUGCUAUUAGAGUUCCUGUUGAGUAGUGAAAUGUUCUAAAAAGCACAAAUGAAACCUUAUGCAGAAGGACAUUCAAUGUGAAAUGAAAAGGUCAAAAGAUUUUUCAGCCUUGCAUGCCUUUUAGCUGUACAUUUACUUAAGAGUGAGUUAAGAAAUUUAAUACAUACUCUGCUACUGUUGCUGCUGCUGCUACUGCUGACUUUUUUCUCUGUACAUGCUUCUUCCAAAAUUUCCAUGACACUGAAAGGUAAAGAAUGUUAACCAUUAUUCGUGAUUAAAACCUGACAUGUUUUCAAGUCCAGGUGUACAAAGUUUGAUUCCACAAAAGGUAUUAGAGAAGGGGAGAAACAAUAAAGGAAACAUUUAUGUGCAGAUUCCACACUUUCUACUUGUCCAAAACACUAAUUCUUUGAUAUUGUUUAACCUUUUAAUAUCAUUGAACAACUCUACUCCUCAAAUACAGAUAUUUCAAAUAUUAAAUUCUGUGAUUUGCGAAUUUUGAAAAGGAAGAGUGAGUAUACAUGGCACACAGGAGUAACAGUCUACUUUGAUUGUUUGGUAUUCUAGAUAAGAUUGAGCUUACAUUCAAUAUAUGUCGAAACAGACUUCAAAAGCAGAGUGGAUGAGUAUAUUACAGUUAAUAUAAUUACUUAUGUUAAAAAUGUAACAAGUUAUUAAAUCAUUCUUGUAAUUAGCACAUCUAAGUUUGGUUUAGUUCUGAAUGAGAAGUUAGUCUAAUUCUGUCUGAAUUGCUUAUCCGACAUUCUGCUAAUAAUUUUUUUUUAGUAACAAGAUAAAAGAUCUCACCUCUUCAUCCUUCAAAUUUAAUUCAUCUUAGCUGUACAUCUAUAUCAUAAUCAUAUCUGUCUCUCAUAUAAAAUACACAUGCAGAAACAAGACAUUUCAAAUUUAAGUAGUAUUUCUGAAAGCCAUAGUAUAGCCAAACCAAAAUAGCAACUGAAAUCUGUCACUUUAAGAUAGUUUGUUAAAGACCUUACAAACUUAUGUGUGUCAGUGCAGAUGCUAUGCCCAAGAUUAGAUACACACUAUAUUCUUGGUUUGCUGUAUGCUGAGUAGAUGACUAUCAGUUCUCAUAAGAAGUAUUUCCAGUUUGGUUCUCUGCUUGUAUUCAGUGGUUUGAUAACUGUUCAGAACCAUGAGUACAACCAGAUGGGUGGGUUGUGGGUCUCAAGCUCUGCUGACAGAGAUAAAUCUGAGUUAAAUGUCACACAGACAUUACUUUCCUACUUGUUAAAUGUGGGUCUGCCACAGUAACUCCAAAACAUCUUUCCUCAAGUAAAAGAAAAGCUAAAAUGCUUAAUACAAAUGAGAUCAAAAUUCACAAAUCCAUAUAAAGCUGUUCUCACAGCUACAUGAGAAUUCUUAAUAAUUUAGAUCAUUUUUACACAAUUAGUUCAUUAUACAUAUUCUUGUGCCCAUUUUUCAAAAUGUUUGCUCAGCAGUCAAACACAUUCAUAGUGCAAUCUGAGUUACAGGGUGAGUACAGUAAAAUGAACAAUCUUCCUACAGACUUCAGUUUCAGUUUUCAAAUACUGUAUAUGUUAUGGCAAUGUAACCUUCUUUGACAAGUUUUUUACCUCUUUAGUUAUGUGGCAUUAAUGAAUAAAAGAUUUUAGUUGGUGAAGAGUUCUCGGGCUUCCAGCCAGGUGGCGGUGUCUUCAAACUGUGACGUUUCGAUGAGUGACAUCUUCUUGUGAAGGUGAAGAGUGUGUCACUCAUCGAAAUAUUGCAGUUUGAAGACACCAUGACCACCUGCCUGGAAGCCCGAGAACUCUUCACUAGCUGUAUACCCCGGGAAAGCAUUCAUUCACAUGUAAGAUUUUAGCUAUUGCAAACACCGUAAGAAUAUAUUCAUUCAGUUCCACAUUGUGCCUUGUGUAUCUCUCACCAAAGAAUUGUUAGUACAUUAUCCUUCACUAUUCUGCACUGCCAUCUUUCUGCGUGCUCUCUCUCUCUCUCUCUCUCUCUCUCUCUCUCUCUCUCUCUCUCUCUCUCUCUCUCUCUCUCUCUCUCUCUCUCUCUCUCUCUCUCUCUCUGUCUUUUUCUUUUCAGAGAAGAUGUGUAGCACUAGGGGACUGAACAGUUAAAUCGUGUAGUGCACAUCUGCUGAAUCAGUUUUAAUCAUUACACAAUAUGUCAUUAAAAACUGUCUCAUUCCAUAUUUACAUGAAAUUGCGCUCAAUAUUUACUAUACAUGUUAUAAGGAAAUAGUUUACAUUACAUAUGAGAGGGUCAGAAGCUAAGGGGUAAAAGUGAAAUUUCCCAGAAAAUAAGUUUGUCUAGAGUGUAGUAGAGCAUGUAUAAUUGUGGCAAACAAAUUAAAGUGAAAAACCAGUUUGUGCUCUCUGGUAAAUGAAAAACAAAAUAAUUGCAGUAUGUCAUGAAACAUUUACAUUCAUAAAGGGUGACUGAUUUUUUGUGUUGUAUGUUAUUUAAUUGACCCUUUUGUGGUUUAUGAAUAGAGGGAAGUAAAGCAGAUGGUGAAAAACAUAUUCAAUAGUGACCUUUCUUAUUAUUUCUUAUUAUUUCUUAUUCUUUCUUAUUGUAAGCCACAAAAGGAAUGGUGUUCAUGUAGCAUAACAUAAAUGUUUUGUUAUAGCUCUAAAUAGCAAUUUUUCAAAACUGAAUUGAUAACAACCAGUAACAAAACAUUACAGGGAAAGCAUAAAUCACAUUCUUCUUAAUGCAUAAUUUUCUGAAAACAAAGGGAUACAAGUGCAUACAGACUUCUAUGAAUUUUGAUGCAAAACUGAUCAUGUACAUUAACCUCUUAUUCCAAGAAGCAAACAGAAAAUGCUACACACUGUUUUAUGCCUAAUAUACACACAAAAAGUUGAAGUGCCCUUUUGAAAUCUCAAGGUAAUUCUGAAACCUUUUUCUCAAAAUUACAAGAAGUGUACCAAUACCCCUUUGCUUCUGACUCCCUUCUAUGAAAAAGAUGUGCCUCAUGAACUGUCCUGAACAUUAAUAGAUAAAUGUGUUUCAAGAAUGACAUGUCAUUUUAGGCAAGUUAGACAUUUUUUGAGAUUUCAAAUUCCACUUGAGAAUGGCUAUAGAUCUCAAAUCAUAAUUUUGUGAAAUAAAUUAAUAACAGUCUACAGUCAAAUGGCAACAAUUCCUUUCAAUAAGUUCUACAUGAUAGUGCACCUCCAUGAAAGAAAAAAAUCAUUUAAGUUCUCAGGGCAGUUUUGUCAUAUUAACAAUUGCAUGAGGUUUUAAAGUUAAAAAAGCCUUGUUUUCCUUUUUUUUCUUUUUUUCUGGAGUAUCUAUGGCUUCUUUAUAUUAUUUAAUAAUUUCUGCUGCUCAGAGAAGAAUUUUGCUCUGGAUAUGACACAAAAUUAGUUUUCUUUCUUUGCUCAAACAGUUUUAUAACAAUGAUUGUGUGGCUGUUUUGCCAGUGUACUACAGGAACACACUACUGUUUUUCGUAGUUGCUAAUAAGGAGAGCAUUUGUGGUGACAUUUACAUUUCAGAUUCUCUCUGUAAGCAGAGUAUUUCUAAAACAAAAAAGUUAAUUGCCUAUGUAAUUCAUAUAACAUUCAUUAAGCAAUGACUAGAUUCAAAAUUUCCAUUUUGGAGUCUUCAGAAUUAGCAAUUCAUAGAACAUACUGCAGUAUAUCAUAUGUACUGGUACCUUAACAGUUCUUUGAUGUUUAAGGAUGGAAAUUACAAUCCUACAUCCAGUUGAAUGUUUACAUAUUGGCUGUGGUAAAAAUUGAGUGGUGUGAAUGGUUGUAAUAUUUUUGAGACAUUAAACAAAGUCACCUGUGUUGCUAAUCUGUGUCAGCGUGGUAUGUGCAGUUUGAUACUAAGUACACAACAGCCUGUAGGUGACAGUUUAUAUUAUGUCAAGGUACAAUGAAACAACCUUAAGUAAAAUAGCAGGCACACAUUAUGCAGAAGAGGGAUGAGGGCAUGAAUGAGAAGACAUUUGGGAGGAUUGGUGAGAUGGAGGGGGAAGAGCACUCAAUGAUUUCACUUACCUUUUAACAGCACUUAAAAUCUUAUAGCUAAUGCUGAUAAGUCAAAAACAACAGUAUUUUGUGUAGAAAAACUGAUGGUCAUUAGGGGGUUUGUGUGGGACCCAUCAGAAUAGACAGUGCAAUAACAUCUGAAUACAGUCUUUUACAGUGAAUUUUGCUGGUGAAAUCAUCCUGUAUCAUCAGUCCACCAAAAGGCUUUGCCAGAGCUCCUGCCCUCUGCUGCAGUGAUGAUCACUAGUAGGAAACACUCAUAUGCUGUUGCUCUACGGAAAUACUUUGUGUCUCCAAUUCAUAGUGUCGGUACUUCAUAUAAUGCCUUCUAACAAACUUUAACUUACUUCCUAUAUCAUUGAUGAGGAGAAACUAGUUUUAAUGUUUUGGUACUGAAAUCAAGAAUGGUUCAUAAGAACCAGGUUAGCUUCAGUUUUCAAAAAUUUUCAUUGCUGUGAAGUACCAUAAGUAUUUACUUCAUGUGCUCCCUCUGACAAUUGUCACUGAAUGUACAACAGUUUUAACUGCCAAUUGUAUAAUGCUACCAGUGAUUCUCAGAAGCGUGUCCAGCAGUAACAGCCUCAGAUCAGUCCAUCCUACACUCUCCAGUACCUCUGUUCCAUUUUCAAAAUUUUCAGUGGAAGCAUUUCCAAUAUUCAUUGGUUACAGCACCACAGGAAGAAUCAAAAAGUGUAAGAAGUAUAGAUUUAAGGAGAUGGUACACCUCAUUUUCUCAUACUUCAGUAUAUUUUGCACCUGAUUCUAUAUGUACCUGCUUUUGUACAUUCAAGGAACCUGAACAUUUAAACAAAAGAACUCCAUUCUAUCUCCUAAUAACCCAUGUAAAUAGUACUGAUUUCUUUAUUCUAAAACAGUUUGCAGUUUUAUAGAGUAACACAAAAACCAUGCCUAUAUCACCCACACAAGUCCUAAAAGAUCACGAAAAAUUCAUAUUCCUGUUUGUAGUAAUUUUCCUCUUCCUUCCCUGGUAGUUAGUGGUUACUUUGGUUCCAACCAACGAUAUUUCACAUAGUUCAUCAUUUGUUGGGAGAGCUUGCAGGCUAUUAUUAAAUCUUAUACUGAUAUAUUGGCUGACAGCCUAACAAAGCAAUUGAAGAAUCAAUGAAUCCACAGUGAUUACAAAGUAUUUGGUUGUUGAUUAAAAAUGGCAUAUGUUGGAAUGCCGUACCGUGUAGAUAUAAAACAAGAUUUCCUUUGAGAUCACAUAUGCAAAAUAAAGAUUUUCCCAUAAUUUUUCGAACAGGAAACCCUAGUCUCAGUUGAGCAAGUUUUCUGCUAAUUGUAUUUCUACAGCGUUCUUGACCACUGAAACAAAGUAGGAUGAAGUUGUGACCAGUAUCAUAAUUUUUCUGGACAGUGGAAAUAAGAUGCUAAACCACUGCAGAGUGAGUGUAUCACUGCUGUUCAAUGCAACAUUCUUUUACAGUGCUUGUCAUUUGUCCUAUAUACUUUUUAUGCCACUCACAAGGAAUUUUGUGUAUAGCCACCCUUCAUAACAUCAGAUCACCCUUCACAGACCCUAGAAAAACAGCUGUCUUCGUAGAUAGAUGGAAAGAUCACAUCUACUUCAUGCUUCUUCAUUAUUCUUGCAAUUUUUGAUGAAAUAUUUCCAAUGUACAGUAAAAAGGCUGUAGACUUAACAUUUCUUUCUUCUUGCUCAACCAAUACACAUUUACUCUGCAAUGUAAAGCACUUAAAAGACCUGCAAGUGAUUCACCUAAAAUGGUUGAGAGGGUGGAAGCCACAAUAUAGGUACAAGAGUUAAUAAUAUCCCAGCUGCACCCCAAAAACUGAUGGAAUAUUCAAUUCAUGAGGAAAACUUGUUUCCUGGAGUGGACAUUACAGUUUGCUCGAUGUUGGAUUUAUUUAUAUAGUUUGGUCCAAAGAAUAUUAUGUUGAAUGGUGUACUAAAGACAUGCGAAAAGUCAUGUACAUAGAAAUAUAAAACAGUAACACAUAAACAUGGUAAGGUACAAUAAUUAAAGUAUAUAUAUAUAUCACAUCUCAAAAAAUGAUGUAACUUAUGUGUCAUAUUUAUGCGCUACAGUUUAGUAACAUCGUGACAUCCAAAGUAAUAGGAAUUAUAAUACUAACAUAAGUGUAAUAAAUUUCUAUACAUCUUAGAAACUGGAGGUAACCAUACAUUUUUCAGCCUCUUUAUCAUCAUUUAUGUGGUUAAUACAGUGGUGGGCAAAUUGUUUUUUAAAGCUAUUAUUAUUAUUAUUAUUAUUAUUAUUAGUAGUAGUAGUAGUAGUAGUAGUAGUAGUAGUAGUAGUAAUAUUUGUUUCUGAUUUCAAGCUUUGCACUCUGUUUCACAAGUCUGUAAGUGCAAAUGAACUCACAGUUUUUCAAGCGUAUUCCCUGUUCAAAAUGUUUCACAGCUGACUGUUAGUGUAACUGUUCAUGGUAUUUCUGUCAAAUGUGUGUCCACUAUCUGCAACUGACAUUGGAAAAAUGAAAUAGUCACUACUUGUGAAUCAAUAUUUUGCAGUUGAGGCUAUCCCACACUUGGACACACAAAUCCUAACUAAUUUGUAAUCUAUUUUUCAUGUUGAAGUUGGUAAUAACUGCAUUACCAAUAAUACAAAUGUUUCACUGAACACACCCAUAACAUCCUAUAGCAACAGAGUUAGGUAGUGUAGCCACCAGAUCAGACAAUGUUGUUAUACUUCGCUAAAAUAAAGUGUACACAAUUGACGGAUCAUGUACCACAAUAAUAAUGAUUACAUACACAUACCUCAGAAGGAAAUUGUGGAAAAAAAAACUGUAGUUGUUUGUCAUGCAUCCAAUGUGCAAUGUAGGAGAAUUAGUGCCCUUGUAGAUCACUGACCAUGCAAUAUUAAAAAAAAUUCUUACUCAGAUACAGGAUCACAUUUUUGAGAUUUGAUUAUAGGUCAAACCAGUAAUGUUAAAGAGUUAAAAAUACAAAGGUCAGCUAGAAAAUAAAGACUAUUUAGUUCUACAAAAUUAAAAAUACAGUGUUUAUUGAUAAGAAAAAACAGUAAAGCUUCCUUCGCCACUCAACAUAACUUACUGCCUUUAAACAUUUGUUGUAUCUGGUCAUGAGCUUCAGAAUUCCCAUGUUACAUACUCUACAGUUACCAGUUCAUUAAACUAGUCAGUAACUGCAUUCUCCAGCUCUUCACCACUUAAAAAAUACUAACUGCCCAGAAAUCUUUCAGCUUAGGUAAAAAUGGAAAAUACUAGGAGCCAUACUAUAGGGUGUAGGAGCCAUACUAUAGGGUGGAUAAUCAAAAAUUCCCCAUUUCAUUUGAUCCAGCAUUUUCUUAGGUGCAGCAACAGUGUGGUGGCAAGCAUUGUCCUGAAGAAGCACAAUUCCUCCAGAAGACAUUUCUCACCUCCUAUGUUGAAUGGCUCACCAUAGUUUUCUUGGCAUCACAUUAACGAUUUGCGUUGACCACUUGGCUUAAUGAACUUCUGGCAGUGGAGUAUAAUGUGGUAAUGUUGAAGUUCGUGACCAGAUAAGACAAAUUUAGAAGGUGAUUGUGUAUAAAAAUGAAGGUUGCUUGUUAUAUGUAACAGUAAGUUUUUUCCAAUAAAUAAUCUGUUUUGUAUACCUAAAUGGUCAUUUUCAUUCUGUAUGACCCUCACACAAAUAUUCAAAGAAAUGUUGUACUUAGAAUCAUUCCACAGCAUUGUUUCUUUGAUAUCAAGAAAGAUUGUUUACAAUAAGAGUUGUUUUGUCAAGAAAAACAUGUCAAAAGGAAGCAACAGCAAACUUUAAGUGACCCCACAUAGCACAGUCACAUAAGAUUUGAGGAACAUUAAUGUUCACUGUAAUUGUAAUUUAAAUGAAAAAGCCAGUCACACACUCCACUUGUAUGAAGCAGUAAAUGAUUCUUUGUUUGCUGUCAUUUUCAGGAGAAAUACAAUGUAUGCUCAUAAUAUUUUCACAUAAAUAGCAUUGCAUUCAUUUCUUACCUCAACUUGAGAACCAGGGAUACUGUGUGUGUGUGUGUGUGUUAGUUUGAAAGUCAGGGAACUCUGAAACCAUACUGUGAUAUUUUAGGCAGCUGAUAAAAUUUAUCACAAUCAUUGACACAUUUUGUACAAUAGUUAAAGGCUACUGAAGAUAAAAAAAAUCAGUUCUUGCAAUGGUUAUGCACAUCAGUUCUGUUUCAAUGUUUCACUUCAAAAUAAACUCCUCACAUUUCCAAAUUGCCUUCAAUCUAAUGAAAUAUUUCAGUCAGAAGUAAAAAUUAUUGCAACAAAACUCUACAACUACAGUUUUAACACUAACAUGUCAAUUUGAAUUAAACAAGAUGGUAAUUUUAAUACUGACAUUAGAACUGUACAACUUCUUAUGAUAUUAGGAAACAAGUAUAAAAUGUAACACAGCAUCCAGCAGACACCAUUAACAAUAGUUCUGUUUCAUUUAUCUUUAAAACUAUCAUUGCACAAACACUCAAAAGUUAAGCAUCUGCUCUUAAUUUGAGACGAAUCUGCCAACUACUCGCAUGUUUAAUCAUGCAUGUUCCUUGGCAAAAGAAACAGUUAACUCAGAUAGUUUAGCAAAUGCCUACAAAAAUAAAUCGCACCUGUGACAUGAGAUAUGACAUUCCCAACUUAAAAAGGUUUAGGCCUACACCUUGGUUUAUUCAAUUGAUUUCUCAUUUUACUGGUAUUUCUUCACCCAACCACUAACAUUACUGUUUAAUUACUUGCUAUUAAAUUUUCUGGGCGUGAAUAUGGGAAUUGUUAGCAUUAAUUCCAUGUAUUGAAAUGUUUUAUCCUGCGAAUGUUUAGCCCAAUAAAAACUAUAAACAACAUCAGGGGAAGAAUUUUUUAUAACAGAUAUUCAAUGUGCCAGAACAAUCUGCAUUGCAGUUGAGACAUACCAGUAAUUCUUAAAAUAUAAUUUGGCUAAUAUAAUACAGAUAAAAUAACCAAGUUAUGUGAAUAAAAACACAAAAGAUUCUUUGAAAUAGUUCUGGGAACAAAGUUGGUGAUUAACCACAUUUAGUACACUUAGCUGUUUUGAACAUCAGGAACUAGCAUUUCAAGAAUGUUAAUACAAAUUUUUUUUCUGUUUUGAUACAUUCAUGAUCUCCUUUUCAAGAUAUUUUUCAUAUGUUUUGUUUACUAUUAAGUCAAAUCUCUAUGUGCAGACACCACCACCUGUUAAUUACCCCAUUGUUUCGUGAGAUGAUGUAAUUUUGGCUGUCAUUCCUCAAUGUUAAGAAAUUUGAUAUAUUUUUUUAAAGAUAUCAUAAAGCAUGCAAAAUUAUCUGCAGAAACUGUGAAUAAGUAAGCUUAAAGGUAUUCUCUGCUGCUUCUAUAAUGAUAAUAUUUUUCAAAUCCUCAUUUAUUAUUCAUUGAUAAGUUGGAAGUUAUUGGUGAAUAAUAAAAUUUUAUAGUAUUUAAUUUCAACCCCAACAGCAUUCUAUUGAGAGUCAGUGUUAUUCAGCUUUGCCACAAGACAUCUGUAGUUUUAUUAUAGAAUGGUUGUUUGGUAUUCUUGUAUCCCUAUUUCACCCCCCUUUCCCCACACCCACACCCACACUAAUCUCUUUAUUCAAUGGUAACGAUGUGGACUACAAAAAGUAGAUAUUGAACCUGUCUCCAAGCAAACAUGACCAAAUAACAAUACCAACACAUUCGUAUGUGCAAAGUAAUUCAGAAAAUGCCAUGGACUUACCAUAUCUUGCCAUCUUCUUUUAUGAGCUUUCCCACAAGUUAAACUUUCAGGAAAUUGUAGGAAUCUUACCUAGUUUUCUCAUGCAAGAUCAUCUGAAUGCUGAAGUAAUACUAACAGCUUUUAUGGCCUGCCAUAAAUCCCAGUUACUGCUUGGAGAACAUUCUUGAGCUACUUUCAUAAAAUUAUUUCUACUGGGACACUAAAAUACAUGUAUGUAGAUAAGGCACAUAUUACUGAAAAAAACAUAUACAAAAAAAAAAAUUAAAUGUGAAAUGAUAAUCUCCAUCAAUAGUCUAAAAGAACUUUAUAAUAAUAAUCAAGGUGUAUUUUGAAGCAAUGCCUCAACAGGAUUUCAGUUUCCUGUGGAGUGUGUGUGUUUUUGUGGGAUACCAUAUGCCAUGAUGCAGUAACAAGUUGACAGAUUUCAGAAUGAUUUAACAUCACUUUCAUGGAUUUUCCAUUUAAAUUUAGCUUCCCAUAUACAGUUUUUCAUCCUUACAUCUGGCAGUUUCCUCAGUACAAAGUCAAAUCCUAGGGAAAAGUUGUACUGUGAAAUGCAUAUUUUACACCUAAAGAAUAAUAAAAAUGCAAUUUUUCAGAUGGUUGGCAAUGCUUGUUAGUUAACAUUUCAUCCUACCAUUGUCAGAGAUGGGAAUAAAAACCAUUAUGAAUAUCUUAAAGCAUACUGUGAAUGAAGAGAGAAUUACAAAAUUUAGAAACCAUCCAUAGAGAUUGGACUUACAUAUUCUGUUUAUUAAAUCAUCUUACAGUUUUGAAUAUUAUAUAUGUAAUGAAUUACUGCUAAGUAAAUAAACACAAGUUCAGAUAUAUGUAUUGUACAUUUGUAGAAACACCUCUUGUUAGCACUGUAUCAGCAAGUGGGGGGGGGGGGGGGGGGAGACUUUUCAUUCUGCAAACAGAAUACAUAAAAGGACCAUUUCAAUUUGGUUUAUGGAUUCGGGUCACUGUACAUAACUGCUCCAAUAUUAUACUAAUGAGAUCAUUGCAGUAAUGCAUAAACACAAGCCUAGAGUUUUCAUAGGGAUUUUCCUACAAAUUCAUUUAAAAUGCAGUGGGAAACAAAAUAGCAUAGACAUUACAUUAAUCUACAAACUGCAUGCAGACUUCUCAUGGGCACCCUGUCCAAAAUAUCAAUAACUACAUCAAAUAAAUAAAAAAAAAUAGGAAUGGAAAAAUACUCACAUGUAAUUUCACACUAGUAUCCAAUAUGAUAAAUGAGUGACGUUGACUAUCAAAUUAAAGUUACAGGCCUGACCAUUGCCUCAGUCACUGGAAGUACUUAAACUUCAUGUGGAGAAUGGAGAUAGCUAGAAAUUUUCUAUCUUCAGUUAUAAGAUGCUAUGGUGUUCAGUUACAUCAAGAAAGCUUUUUAACAUAUUAUAACAAUGGUUUUUGAAUUGAAACAGAUGCUUUAUGGGUAACUAAGCUUAAAGAGCUGCAACUACAACACAGCAUUUCAAAAUACUGUGUUUUAAGCAUUCUAGGUGACAAGAUAUGAUUCUUUGGAACCAUUUCAAAUUUCAGAGUUCAUGUCAUUAGUCAUAUUGUUUUCUAAGGAAUGGACCAGUACAAUAUCCUGUAAGGGAGAUAUUCUAAAUAUCUAUGUAUGUAACAUUAAAAAAAAUCAGUUUCAACAUAUGAUUAUAUGUUGAUGAUUCUGUCUCAGUAUGGAAGCUGUAGCUUGGCUGUUCAAAUUUUAAUUAUUUUAUUCUAAGAUUUUAAAAAUCCUACUUUGGUUCUAUCUGACAAUGCUAAUGGGUGAAGCUGGUGACUUACCUCCUUUUUAAGCAAAUUCCUCCAACAUGUUUUUGACUGCAACCUCAAACUAGUCCUCUCUCAAACAAAAUUAUUGGGGCAAUAAACAAUUUCUGAUUACUUUAUUAUGCCUUUCUUUUACUUUAACAAAAUCUUAAAUACUGUACAGAAUCCUUUUCAUUUCACGCAGACUGUUCAGGUCACUUUGAUUUUCUCUCUUUACAAACUCUUAGCUUAUUUCCUUUUUAUUUAUUCUACAUUUUUUGAUUAGGCUGACUUACGUCUCAGGCUGAGCACACGUUUUUGUAGUAAAGUUACUUCACAUACAUCCACAAUGUGUCUGCCACUGCACUCAUUCCUGGAAAGAUUCACAAACAGAAUAAUAAUGAUGAAAAUAAUCAGUUUAAGGCAACACAGAGCAGUGUUUGAAACAAGUACAGAUGUAAAUGUAAAUAAUUUAGGAGUAAAGGAGUCGGCAUGUUUACAUUUCAGUGAGUUGUCUCCUCUACUUCUAAGUUAUUUACAUUGUGCCAGAACUUUCCUUACCAUAUUUAUGAAUGUAAAUGUGAACUUUGAUGAGGCUUCAGUCUUACCAUUAUCAAAUAACUUUUUAAGAGUGUGUCACCCUCAUCUAAUUCACAUAUUGCAAAACUAGAAAUCGUAUUACUACAUAACCUUUACUCUGAAUGCAAAAGCAACACAUCGGAACAAGCAGCGGCAGCAGCAGUAGCAGUGUUUGUGUCAGCUGAAGACCAUGUUCAGGGCUCCCUCUCUUUUUAAGUGACUUUUCUUUAAUUUUCCUGGAAGCUGCCCAUAGGUAGCCUCCGCAUGUUCUCCGGCUUGCCCCAACAUGGGCUCCGAUGGCAGCAGGAUACCAAAGAUGACUGAAGCAAAAAAAGAUGAAGACUAAUACAUGGCUCCUGGACCUCCCACUCUUCAUUGUGUGUGUAUAUAAUUGUGUGGGUUUCCCACAGCUGUACAGGCUUCCUACACUAAUACUGACUGUGCCUUCCUGAACCACUUUCCAUCUCCUGAUUUGCUUUGUGCAGCCAUCAGUAAUAUAUCUGUUGUUAUUGUUACUGUUGUUGUUGAUGUUGUCAUUGUUGCCACUGUUGUUGUUGUUGUCAGUGUUGUUGAUAUAAAGAUCCAUUAAAUUAUUGGCUAAAUGUGUAGAUCAAUAUAUUUGUGCAAUUAGGUUGUGUCAUGUAGUUAACUAAAAUAUAAUCAUUAUCUGGUGUGAGAAGCCCAAGUGUUAGGCAGAACAUACUAUGUUAUGUCCAAUUCCAAAAUACUGAAAUAAUAGUAAAACUGAAGGUUUCAACUGUGAUAAAAAUACAUGGAAUGACUGGCUUGUCUUGUUGCAUUGCUUUAUCUUCUAAUGUGCUCUCCCUCUCUAGAGUUCUUUUAACAGUUUUCUAUACUUCUGGAACUCUUCAGGCAAUAUUAGUAACAUGUUGUACUGUGUUCCAUAGUCUUUUAUCCUUAGGCUUGUCUUCCACAGCCUCUAACUUUUCUUCACAUAAUACUUCUCAUCAACACAAUUACACUGGAUCACUUCAUUGCCUCAUGAUUAGUUAACAAAGCCACUUUGCUUGUAUCUGUUUGAGCUUUCUUUUCUUUAAAGUAGUUACAUGUAUUGGUGCAUCAAAAAGUAUUAUUCUGUUGUGUAACACUGUUUCAAUAAUUUGUACUAUUUUUGUUAUGGGCUCAUAUUGUUGAAUCGGGGAUCAAACAUACUAGCUGUGUGUGUGUGUGUGUGUGUGUGUGUGUGUGUGUGUGUGUGUGUGUGUGUGUGUGUGUGUGUGUGAGAGAGAGAGAGAGAGAGAGAGAGAGAGAGAGAGAGAGAGAGAGAGAGAGAGAGAGAGAAUGUGUGUAUUCCAGUAGUGCCCAGUUAAGAAAUAUUCAAAACAGCAGUUGACAGAACAAUAUUUUGUUGAUGUGGCACAUAUUAUUGCGUCAACACAUGUUACUAAUCAUACUAAAGAUGUUUUCAAAUGCCAGUAAACAUUUGGAACAAAUGGACCAUAACUACUACUGACUGAUGAAUGUCUAAGAGAUGUGAAGUUACAAAAUAUAACAUUUCAGCAGUUCAAGUAUCUGAUGAUACCUAACUAACAAAAUUACUGAUGAUUUUCUGCAACCUGUCAGCCCUUUUACAAGUCAAACUAGACUUGAGAAAAAUACACACAACAAAGUAAUGUAGUAGUCUCAAAAUGGCUGUCUAUUAAAACACUUUUCCCAUUCCUGAAGAUUCCCUGUUGGGUCCAGGAUCUAUGCAAUAUAUGCAUGGACAACAGUUUAAAGGGGUGAUAAACAGACAUAAUACAGUAAAUCAUAAGAGACUAAAUCUUUCAAAAAUCAGGUUUCCAAGAACACAAAAAUAACCACCACCACUUCCUCAAGUCACUAGCCUGUUUCUUACACAUCUCUUCCUUCAUAAUCAGGACAUUUACACCUAAUUAAUUUUUUUAAAUCAAAAUAGGGUGUCUUUCUUGAGAGUCAGCAAAUAAUCCCACACUUUACUAUCAGUUUUCUUGUAUAUAGAGAAAAGUAAGAAAAAACUUUGACAUUCAAAUUAGUAUCAAAAAUUGUAUGCAGAGCACUGUAUGAGCCCAAUAACACUAAGAGAAUAAGCUGACUGAUGUGCAUUUACUUUUAGAAUGUUGUUCCUAAUUUUGUGUUUUUGAUUGUAAUAUGAGAACUGUUAUGCAUAGAUCAAAUGUGUAAGUGUAUUGUUCAUAAUGGUACUCUGCUGCAUUAUUCAGAGUCAGUCUAUAAUUAAUAUAAUCUGUUAGUGUAAAAUCUUGUAUGUUACAUGUGUAACUGUAAAUGUGUUACUCAUAUGGGUUUCAUAAGCUAUCAUUUAGCUAAAGUGUCCUAUGGAAAGGCAAACUGUGUUAUAAAGUAGUCAUAGGGAAACUGAAUUUUGUGUAACAGUAAGCUUCUCAAUUACCUUUUACAUUUGUUGUACUAUUUAGAGUAGUGUAAUGACUACAAAUGUUAUUGUACAUAAAUGUAUGUAUAGUUGACAGUAAUGCAGCAAUAUGCAACCCUCAUUUUGGUUGCCAAAAAAAUAACUGAUUGUAGGAUUUUGUUUCACAGUAAGUAAACUUUUUUGUAACAGCAUGUCUUGAAUUCUUUUGGCAGAUUUUCAUUUGAUACAUUGGUCAUUGCAAUGUAACAGUUAGAUUUUUCACAAGUAGUCAUUUUCGUACCGAUUGAUUAAGAAGAACUGAAAGGUUCGUUGUGAUCACAUUCAUAUAUGAAAUUCUACAGGAAAUAAAUAAUACAGUAUUGUAUUUAUAAUUACUGUGUUACAUUAACCAAAGAUGCUUCAUCCUCAUGUCAGAGCCAUCCUCAGUUUAAAUCUCACAAAUAAAGGUAUAAGAAAGGACACCAGUUACUGUCUCAAUAUAAAUGAUUUGUUUUUUAUAAAUUUAUGUCUGUAACAAACUUCCAGCAUGUAGUAUCUAUAACAACAAGACUGCGCAACAAUAGUUCAUACAUUUACACUUGUUUGAAGGUAUACUUAGCUCUUCAUUCUAAAAUCAUACUAACAUUUUAUUCAUAUGCUGCCCCCCCCUCCCCCUCCUCCGGUUCCUGUAAAUUAGCAUGCAAAUCCUUAUAGUAGCACUGUUUCUCAGUCUGUAAUCACUUGUUACAGACAUUAUCAUAUGGGAAUAUUUAAGUUGCUGCCAAAUUUUAUUUUAGUCAUUGUUCACAUAAAAAAAAAUGUUGUUUUAAUGGUGGUUUUCUGCUAGUCACCUCACAUGAGCAUAUACUCUCUACACCUAGUUACAACCUUCCUUUUAAAAUUUUGUAAUUUAUGUCUCCCCUACUAAUAAUUCUGGAAGUAACACCUCAUUGUUUUUAUAUAUAGAAUGCUUGCAUGAUGCUGCAUUGCGUCAUAGGUGAUAACUGAGAAAUAAUGUAUUUCAUACUUUGUAAGAUAUAUUUAUAUAAAAUAGUGAAAUGUAUUUAUCAUACUGCCUGUACAUAUACUUAUAUUUACUUUAUAUUUACUUUUUUAUAUAUUUUUCAUAUUACAUGAAUCCCAUUUCCAGUUUGAAAUGUGGAGAUCUGAGUGCAUCUAGUCAUAUAAUGUACAUAAGACGAGUCAUUCUAGUCUCAGUGUAACUGUGCUGCUAAUAUUGUGGAGCAAUGUGCAGUUUUUCAGAGGAUGGAUGAUUUUUUUUGUAUCAAAGUACUGGAACAUAUUUUACCAACUAUCCCAAUACAAUAUGAUGAAUAUUUAUUUUGUUAUUUUGUCUCUGUUUUACAAAGUAAUCAUUAGGCAAUAAUCGAUCACUUUCACUGAAGACAAUGGUGAUGAAUAGCUUUAGGAGUGUAGCAAGAUGUUGUCUUUGAGGAAAAUGUUUACUUAUCCCUUGAUGAUGUCCCUCUAAAUCAAAAGGUGGUCCUCUAAAUCAAAAAUUGCUUAACAAUAAAACUAAAUACUGUAGACUAAGGUUAUCCACGGUAGUUGUUUUUGUUAAUAAAUAUAAAGAUAUACUGCGAAGCAGUGACAGAAAACAUAAUUUUGAUCAUAACUUAGAAAUUACCUUUAGUUAGAAGAAAGUUUCACAUUAUUAACUGCCUAACUAGAAUGACUGUGACGAAGGUGCCAUAGGUACACAGAACCAGCAGAUUCUUCUCAGGAAACUAAUCAUUUGAAAGCAAAGGUCAAGAGGGAGACACGUGGAAAGUACAUAAUAGGAGUCUCUGUGUACUACUGUGGCAUAUUGUUCAUCCACAAACCUGCAAUACUUAACAAAAUAUUUUUGCUUCCUACUUUUCUGGAGAUUGCUAAAGUAGCUGCCACCCUCACUCACUCAAGAUUCGUUAUCUUUUAUUCCAUCAAUGGCCCAGUUGCUCCAUUUCAGGCAACUGGUAGUUGUAUACUUCAUUUCUAUCUCAUAAAAGCUUUCGCAUAUGAUUUAACGUAUCGUUAAAAUAAAUAAUCAGAUGCUGUUACUGUUGUGAGGCACCAAUGAACGGGUUAACAUUUCAGUUGCUGUUUAUGAAUGUAAUUUAUUUAGAAGGAUGCGCACCUCAUCAGGCAACUUUUUGUUGUACCCGAAGAUGACAGUGUACUACUGAGACAUUUUGCACUAAUCUAGGUACAAAAUAUAGUUAAUUUUUGUUCCCUGCAAUGCAGUAAUAGAAUUUACAAAACAUUAUGGCCAAACAAAGAAAUAUCAUUCAUCUUCUGAAAAAUACUGCUAAAUUAAAUUAUAGUUUAUAAGUAUAAUGGAUGCUAACUGUAAUUUUGAAAUGCAUUAAUCAUGUACUACAGCGGCUGUGCAGUGUAGUCAUUUGUUAUUGUGAAAACAAAAGUUGAUGAGAAAGAAAGUACAUCAUGCUGAGGUACAGGAUAUCCAAGAGAAGCUGCUCCCAAAAUUGUAUGAUAGGCUGGAUACUUGUUUACAUCUUGAAUUAGUGUACAACAGAGAGAUCUUUGGUCUGUUAUGAAAUUUUUGCUCUUUACCAUUUCACACAUAGGUUAAUUAAUAAUACUAAAACAAAUUUUUAUUAAUCACAUUUCACUUUGCAUGGCAGUAGUAAGCGUGUAUUACAUAAAGUCUGAUGUCAGAGAACAUUUUCAGUCUUUCAGUGUUUUUAGGAGUAAUUCUGUAAAGGCUGACACGUGAAGUUAACCUUAGAUAUGGAGAAAAUUACAAAAGCAAGUAAAAACGUAGCUCUGAACUGAAUUAAUAUUUUUGAAAGAGUUAUGACACGUGCUUUCAAGUGAGGUGUAAAGUAUGUAAAAUUUAGGAUUUUAAUCCAAAUGUAUUUACUACAUAUCUGAAUCAGUACUUUUACAGAUGAUGAUGCGACUACAGCAGUUCCCAUAGUAGUCAUUAACACUGCACAAACUGAAUAAAUAUAAACAAGUUAACACUUUCAGGAACUGUUGUAGAAGCUACCUUCCUGUAUAUAUGAUAUAAGGAACCCCUAUGAAAUUGUAACUUUUUGCAUUAUAACAAAAAUUACUAACAUUAAACUGUUAAAAGUAAUGAUCCAGGUUGUUGGUGGUGGUAUAUGACCCUGACAUUGGAAAAUGCUCAUAUUCUCCACCAACAACAAAAAAUUAAACAUAAAAAUUACUCUCAUAUAGACAACUGUACAGUAUAACCACAUUUCAAUUUUUCUCUGCAAUCGUGAUAUUUUUGUCAAAAGUACAUAAAAGUUCAAGAAUCAAUAUUUUUUUAAAGUAAUUUUUGAAAACUAAAGUUAAGAUCUGAUUAUUUCUUUGGACACUGCUAAUUCGUAAAUAUAUUUAAUGAGCUCUCCUCAUUUAUCAUAGAAUACCACUACUUUGAUCAGUUCCUUAUUGAUGCUCUCUUAUAAGUUUUGCAAGUUGAGUUUCAUUUCACGGCACUUGUUAAUAGCAUAUUCUACGCACCUCAAUCUUUCAUAAUCUUCAGUGGUAAUAAGAAACAUUAAGAAUGAUAUAAGAAAAGUGUAGUACCAUUUCAGUUCAAAAUUGUGCUUCUCUUUUUACUUCUGUGCUUCCUUGUUGCACGUAUGCAGUACUGGCUGAGAGCUCUGCUAAAAUGCAUAGUUCUUGGCCAUGUGAAGCAGCCUGGUGGUUGUGUGCAAAUUACUACUUCAGUUAUUACCUUUGGUCAUAUACUAUAAGGCAGGCAUUGCCUUAAAAGGAUGCCCAUUUUCAUCUGUGCAAUGCAAUCGCUCAUUUCAGUCAAGUUUCAGCAGAGCUGUGUUUCAUCUCUUCCAUUUUCCCAGCGGAUCUAGCCCUUGAGUAUGGUUAUCACAUUAUGUAAAUUCCACAGUACUUCAUUGGGGCAGUUAUAUGACAUCUCUAAAUGUUGCAAAGCUAUCGCAAUAAAAUAUUGUGGAGUCUACACACUGCUCUCUGUUGUACUCCAAAACUAUAUAUUCUUUCUGUAUGUAUCAACACACUUAUUGUUUCAUAAAUAAUUCAAAAUACUGAAACAUGGUUUGAUGUUAAUGGCCAUAUGCAAAAGGGCAAGUAUUUUGCAAUACAUCUCAUACUCAUAACUCCAUACUCUGUUGAAAUGUGAACAUAACUGGUGUUUUUUUAGAAAUCUGCCAUCUUAUUAAACAGUGUUGAAUACAUCUUAAGAUAGUAGUGCAGUGGUAAUCUUGUUAAAAUUUUUGGUGAAACCUAUUGCAGAAAAGAAACAGGAAAAGUGUAAAAAUAUUCUUUUUAGAGAAGCAGUACAUUGGCCCAUUUAAAGAAAUCAUAGCUGCUUCAACGUAAUAGUAGAUAAAGAAGUUAGGAGAAUGAAGAUAUAUCAAAAUGUGUACCAUUUUGCAUAUUAUUACUGGCCAAAUUUUUUCUUUAUUUUAUUGAAAUCUCAUCACAAAUGAAAUGGGCUAUGUAUUAAACUAAGUUUUAUUUCCACCACUCAUCAAUAUUAACAUUACAUUCACAUUAUUGACAAAAUGUUAAUUCAUAUCAAAUAAUGUAUAAUUGUUACAGACAAGAGAGAAACAACACUGUAAUGCAGAAACAAAGAUGGGGCAUAUUACCAUAUUCAUUCUGUAGUUUUUUGCUUUUUGACAUGUUGCAGCACAAUAAAUUGUAAUUACAUUUCAGUUUUCAAAACUAUGUUGUACAAUUUUUCAGUUCUUUUACUAACGAGAAUGAAGUUUUCAUCAUACAUGCAUGCUGAAAAUUGCAGCACAGUCAUUCAUUUUAAGAAAUGCUUUCGGCAAAAACACGUGUCCGAGCACAGACAAGUUGUAUAGUUGCAAGAUUAAUUUUCCUCAUUUGCACUUGUUCCUGCCCCCUUUACAGAGACAUACACCACUCAUGUCCAUUUCAGCACACAGCACCCAGUCAGCCUCAUAUUAACGCUUUGUGAUCAAAUGUACAUUUUCUUUUUGAAGUACCUCCACUUUAGUCAACAGUCUAGAGAAAGAAAUCAUCUUAUCCAAUGCUUAGGGAACUGUGGAACAGAAGAGACUGAUGUACCUCGAUCACUGCCACAUGUAUGUUCUCUGUAAGAACUACAGACAACAAAGACUGAAUUGUAAGCCACUCGCAGAUUAACUCAGACACAGAAUUUUGAAACUUCAUCUUAUUUACUACACAUUCAAACAUAAAUUACCAUGUAGGAAUAAUUCGUUAAUUAUCUGUAUUUUCCAGAACCCAAAAUAUGCGGUUUAUAACAUUCCAAAUAUUUUGCAGCCUCAACUGACUAUUCUGAGGGUACAGUUUGACUCUUGAGAGGGAUACUUGAAAAGAUUGAGGAAUACAUUUACAGGAACUGUAACUGCAUCACUGGUGGCUAAUAUGGUGUGACACUCACUUUUUUUUUUUCUUGUUUUCAAACUUCAGUCUAACAGACCAAGGAUUUGUAAAUGGUGUAUGUAACAAAUACAUGGUACAGACUACAUAUGUGGGAUCCUAGUCCUUGCUUUAGAGUUGUAACUUUGAGUGACAGUCCUGUACCUGCAUGACUGUAUCUUAAUACAUAGUUAUCUAGGGGAGAGAGAGAGAGAAAGAGAGAGAGAGAGAGAGAGAGAGAGAGAGAGAGAGUGUGAGUGUAUGUGUUUUAUUUAAAUGUAAGCAAUGUCUUGUUGUUCUAGUCUUACAUAGUACAAAUUUUAUUGUUUGAUAAUGUUGUUUACAUAUUAACAGAAGUUAAUAUCAGCUACCUGAUCUCACUGUAUUAUACAUGACUAAGCAUGAUAGUGGGUGGAUUUGCAUGCUCAAUUAGACUAUGUUGUUUUGUAGUAUUAGCAAAGUUUCAGGACCACAACAUGUGAAAAGAUGCAGGAUUACAGAAUUAAAAAUCAUUUCAUUUACUUUCAUAAGUUAUAACGGAUGACAUUCAUGUAUUUGACAUUUAUACACAAAGCACUGGGCCCAUAUGAAGUCUCCUCAUUUGAUGGCCUCAGCAUACUAAUGCUCUUUAUCUGAAAAACUAAUCCAUAGGUUAACGUUAAUGUGACAGUAACAUAUGAUGACCUCCAUUAAAUGAAUAAUCUCUUCCUUUAUAUUAGCAGUAUAAUUUUCUAGUGUGUAUAUGGCUUUGGGUACAUGGCAUACUGGCUCCCAAGGAAUUGAUAGACUCUCUCCACUAAUGUUGGAAUAGUUGUCCGUAAAGGUAAAAAUUCUGUCACAUGGUAUGAAACUUGCAAUGAGUAACUAUCAAGAAAACAGGGAAACUGUCAUUCAAAAUAAUGGAAUUGAUGUUUAUUUCCCAUAUAGUAGAAAGUAAUUCUGAGCCAGCUGCUGUGUUCACAAAACGACCUUCUUCAUUAACAUUUAUGUCCAAUUUACUACAGAAUGUUUGAGGAGAAUUGUUACUGGUCAACAAUUUCAUUUAAACAAUAAACAAAAAAAGAGAAAAAUAAUGGCAGUACCUUUUAAAUGUGGGUGGGACUGAAUUAACAAAUUAAUCUAAAAAGUGAAUUUUUAUGCAGAAAAGUCCAUAUUUUAUGACAUAUCCAUCAGCUGCUCAUUGUUUUAAGUUAAUGUAACUGGGUAAAUAAGUGUAGUGUAUUACAAGUGACUGUCUGGCUCUUGCUUCACAGGUCAUCCUCAUCUGUUUUCAGGAUUUGAUAAUAAAUCAUGUUGUGUGUGUAUGUAUGUAUGUAUGUACAUUUGUAUUUAUGUAUGUAUUAAACUGGGGACCUAGAAACAACUGAGAGGCUUCAUCCCACCAUGGCCCUCAGGGGUUCACAACCCCACUUAGACCAUAGCGCUCCACCCACCCCACCGCCGGCCCACCCCAAACCCCAGGUUAUUGUGUAGUUUGGGCCCCAGUGGAUCCCCCCCCCCCCCCCACCCACCCUCCCCCUCCAGGAACGUCUCAUACCAGAUGAGUGUAACCCUGGUAGAAUAAUUAUGGUGUACGCAUACGUGGAAACAGUGUUUGUGCAGCAAUGGCCGACACAGUGUAACUGAGACUGAAUAAGGGGAACCAGCUCACAUUUGCCAAGGUAGAUGAAAACCAUCUUAAAAACCAUAUACAGGCUGGCCGACACACUGGACCUCGACACUAAUCCGCAAAGCGGAUUCUUGCCGGGGACUGGCAUACCUUCCUCCUCAGGAAACAGCACUUUAGACCAUGCGGCUAGCUGGCCAGGCUUAAUAGAACAUAAAUAAAUAGAAUAUGAAGUUGUUUCAGCAUUAAAUAUUCUGGUAACUCAUGUAUGAAAGAGAGAAUCUGAAUAUCUUUAGCAUGUUGUGGUUGUACUCUUCUUUUCUUGUCUUGUGUAAAAGUAUUUAUCUCUUAGUCCAACUGUUUUUUCUAACAACGUUGUAUGUAACAUUAAGAUUUAAGCUAUGUUCACAGUAUAAUACUGUUGAACUCAAAUUGGAAUACUAGUCAUCUGAUUAAAAUAGUUUCCUUUUAGUGUAUGUAUGUAUGUAUGUAAAAUGUUAAAACAUUUUAUGCAGUAUAUACAUUAACAGCAUCAUCUGUGAUUAUUCAGUCAUAAUGCUCUAUGUAACCCAGCUGUAGUUAAUGCUGUGGCUUGUACAAAUAUAAAGACAUUGAUUAUGAAUCUUCUUAUAAUAAUAUGUACAUAAAACAUUCCAUAGUUAUGUCAGUCAGGUUGUACAGCACCCAUCAAACAUGUACUAGUCUCCAAGGACAAAAUAUACUUUACUGAAAGUAUACUAUACUGGCUUCUUCUGUGCACUCAGAAUACAUCAAAUACUCUUGAAGAGCACAGUUACAAUGAACUUUAGCAUUAGUAUGUGAAUAUACUACACAAGACUAAAAUGAUGCUGGUUGCUUCAAAAAAAUACAACAAAUUGCAGGAGACAAUUCACAUUUCUGGAUGGCAUUAAUGUUGGAUUGUAUCUACUUCACUUAAUUCUUUUUGUUAGCUGUUUAUUGAAGGGACAAAUGAAAAUGGUAAAGAAAGGAAGUCUGUGAUCAAAUUAUUUCUUAUUACAAGUGUUCACAUCUGAUGCGAAAUUGGCUAAAUAGAAUGUUUGAAAACUAACACUGGAUUUUAUGCAUACAAACAUCUGUUCAAAAUACUAGAUAUAUAUUUUCCUGAAAUAAUGGGAAUUUAUAGUGAGAGUGCAAUAACAAGUAAAGUAAAAUAAUUUAAAAAAUGAAGUUACAUUGUGACAAAAUUUUUCCAUGUAUUUGUAUUUGAUAACUUACAACUCACUAUGUGUUAAAUGAAGAAGGGAGAGUAGUUACAAAAGGGUAAACUCCAUUAUACAUGAAUAUAGAUAACAAAACUAAUGGCAUGACUAACUUUUUGCCAUUGUAAAAGAUGGGCAAAAGAUUUGAUAUACUUGCAUUUACAUGCACAUUCCAAAAUAUUAGCUCUUUUUUCGUGUGGCUCAUUCUACAGGCUUGGUUGUAGACUUUGGACUGCAUCUAUUUUCAUGUAUGUGCCUGUGUACUGUGUGUGUGUGUGUGUGUGUGUGUGUGUGUGUGUGUGUGUGUAAAAGAGCAUACUAUCAUUCACAUAAUAAUUCAACAUUUAAAUGUCACAUGUAAUCAAAAAUGUGUAUCUCCCCCCCCCCCCCCCCCCCCCCUCCCCCCAAUUUUUUUUAGGAGAGCAGUGCUUUUCAGCCAUUGCAAAAAGCAUCAAGUCAUACACUAGAAAAGAAGAUAUGUACAUAGUAUUAAAUACCUCAGUACAUGUAUGUAGAUAAGUUUUUUCCAUAUUCACCUGUACAUGUUUGUAAGAUAUUUUGGGCUAUGGAGCCUUCACAAAUGACGAAUGCUUCAGAAACCUGAAACAUUAGCCAGUAGCUAACCAUACAAAUAAAUUUAUGGCAAAUACAAAAAUGAGGAAAUGGACAGUGGCUUCAGUGGGUUACAGUGCACAUGGUUUAUUUUUCAACAUAAAUGUGUAGUGUGUCCUUACUGGUAUAAAAACUGUUGAAUUUUAGACAUGCUGCUAGUAAUUUAAAACUGUGCUAAACAUGAAGACAGGUUGUAUGUAUAGCUGUUUAACUUACAUCCAUUCUUCUAUACUGUGUUGUAAAGUCAUUGUACUCUUUUGUGUAAUUUACAUAAUGGAAAAAAAGCAAAAUUCUUAACUGCUUACAACUGAUGUUGAUGUGUUGUCUGGCCUAUCAUAACAUCACUAGCUGCUGCUGCAAAAGUCAAGACAACUACAAGAACAUAAUUCAUAAAUUUCCCAAAACUAGCGAUGAUGCAACUUAAUCUGUAUUACAGGUGUUUUAAUGUGAAAUAUUUAAGAACUUUGAAACAGUGUGGCAAUGCAGUAAUCUUAUCACUUAUUUUGCUUUAGUUUUAAAGCCUUUGGCUAUAUCUUAGUUUUUGUUUCAAUUGUAGUCAGGAGAAAUUAAAGACAACUGGAUGUAAUUCCUCGUGUUACAAAUUAUUCCCUUGUGACUCUGUCUAGCUGUAGAAAAUGCUUUUUAAUAUCAGUCUGAAGAUGAGCAAACAUUACAGAUUUUAUUUUCCUAUUUUAUGGUGCAAUAACUAUAACUAUGUAUUUUUGGUUUCAGUCCUUGUACCUUUUCUAACAGAUCAAUGUAUAAAAUUGAAUAAAGCAGUAUUAUACAUCUAA